AUGUCUGGAAUCGAAGAACCCGCACGUAGCGGGAAGCCUAGUGCUGCUUCAAACCGCCCUCAACCUAUGCUCAGCCUCGAGGAACAGACCCUCGAGAAAGUUGCAGCCCUGUACUGGGACGUGAACUGUGUUUGCAAUUUUCAGCAGAUCGUUAACGACGCUCCAUCUAAAGAGGACUAUACAGAAUACCAGCGCAUGAAGCGUAAUACCGAGCUAUUCAUCAACCAAACCAUUACUGACUACAUCGCAGCCCUGAAUACCGGAAACCCGACCCGAUGUGUCAACUUUAUCGCCGAAUCCUCCUGGAAAAUCUUCGCCAUUUGUGCUCACUCUGAAGCCUUUCAGUUGGCCUCUAAGAACGCCGAUAACAUUGGUUGGUCUGCGCUGACUGAUCUCAUCCUACAGAACCGUCGCAGCCUAGAGGUCUUUGCGCGUUCUCGCGAGCUGGAGUGGCGUGGAUAUCUUCUAACUUACUAUCAUUAUAACCUACCAGCUCUUCAGGAAGAGCUUUCUCCGGAUGUUGAUAUUGCGCAAGAGCAUCCCCAUCAUACCGUUUUACUUGCAGAUGGGCACCUGAAGCGUCCAAUUUUUGAAGAUCGUGCACAGCGUACAAAAGUCAUGGGACCAUGCUUUUUAUGUCGUUCCCGAAGCACCUGUCAAUGCUACUUUCAACCCAUGGCGGGUGACUUGGUGGAACUAAUUGACUCUCCAAACAUGGGAACUGGAAUUCGCUCACUAGGCUCCUUCAAGCCAGGAGACUACCUAGCUGAAUAUGCAGGUAUGUUGAACCCUGUUGAAACUAAAUCAACUGAAGCAAUUUAUGCCCUGUCUCUAGCUGCACCCAAUGAUGUAACUGGCGCGAUGGACACCAAAGCCCAUGUCCUCCCUCACCAAUAUGGCAAUUGGACUCGGUAUAUUAACCAUUCCUGUGAGCCAGCACCCCCGAAAGCAGAGAAACCCCAGCAUAGAACAGGGUACGGCAACUGGCAAUGGGAAAUCAUCGCGGUGACAGUGAGCCUGGCCGGGUUUGCCCUACUCGUCGGUUUCCUGGUGAAGGUCAACAAUGCGUCCUAUACUUCCUGGCAAUACACUGCGUCGCCCAACACAAUCAUCUCCAUCAUCACUACGGUGGUCAAAUCCGCCUUGCUGGUACCCGUGUCCGCUUGUCUGAGCCAGCUGAAGUGGAACCAGUAG